AUGCCUGUGCCUAUUCCAAAAUGUGAUAUAUCUUCAAUUGGUUUUUCGGGUCAACUUGCAGAGAUGAAUAUCGAAGCUACCCUUCCUUUUUGUGGCUUAGAUCUCGCCAAUACUGGAAAUGAAACUUGCUCUCUUAGUGUUGCGCAACUACCUCAUACCAUUGAUAUCGACUACGGCUUGCCUUGCGCAGUGACGUCUCCAUUAAAAAUUAGAUACAUCAUAUCAAGCAUUAAUGUGGACUUCUUUGUUGAGGGGAAAGUACCAUCAUGUGUUCCUGUGCCAUCCAAGUGGACUAUUGUUGAAGGAGAAGAUGGGAUACAAUCCAUGAAAAUUAGCGAGUAUGAGAAAACUCUGCAGGGUUGGUUCAAGAUUCAACAAUAUCCUAAUUUUACACGCAAGAUUAUGUUUUGUCCCAUUAAUGGUGAUUCUUGGAGAGAUCUUAAGAUUUCCCGAAGCCAUGAUGGAAUCAUGCGUUUGGUUAUCACUGAUGAUAACCCUCUUAUUGCUAUAUUUAUCAGAGAUCAGUCAUCUGAUGUACGGAAGGCCUCUAUUAUCCAAAGUGCAAUUGACUAUGAAUAA